AUGGAUUCAACUACCAAGCCCAGGGGAUUCUACUCAUCUGGCUUCUGGACGGAAUAUCUAUCCACUCAGCGAACCAAGCUGCCUGGACUGCCCGAUGUUGGCGAUGUGUCUCCCUGCGUUGUGCGAUUUCUCGGUGGCAAUCCAGGCGAUAUGCAGCUUCAGGGUACCAACACGUAUCUGAUAGGGACAGGAAAUAGCAGAAUUCUCGUUGACACCGGCGAAGGAUUCCCUCAAUGGGCCGUGAACCUCACCCAGUACCUAGAGGAUCACGACAUAUCAAUUUCUCAUGUCCUCCUAACGCACUGGCACGCGGACCACACAGGCGGAGUGGCAGAUCUCCUCGCCCACGAUCCCAGCAUAUCAGUACACAAGCACAAACCCAGCAAAGACCAGGAACCCAUCGCAGACGGGCAAGUCUUUAGGACUCAGGGUGCAACUCUACGAGCGGUGUUGACACCCGGGCACACAGCAGAUCAUACCUGCUUCGUGUUGGAGGAGGAAAAGGCGUUGUUCACUGGAGACAACGUGCUGGGCCACGGUUACAGUGUAGCUGAGUGCUUGGGGGAGUACACAAAGAGUCUUCGUCUGAUGGCGAGUUUGGGAUGCGCCGUAGGCUAUCCUGGGCACGGAGAUGUGAUACGCAAUCUGCCACGGAAGAUGGCGACGUAUAUCGCACAGCGAGAUUCUAGAGAACAGCAGGUAUACGCGGCAUUGCUUGAAGAAGCCUCAUCUGAGAGCGGCAGAAGUAUUGGUGGCAGCACUAGUGGCAGUAGCUAUAGCGGAAGUGACUCUGGCAGUGGCGAUGAUGAGGAUGGCGAGGAGAUGGGAACGGCAAAAGGCCUAUCGACGACGGACAUCAGUCUUCGCCUAUACGGAGAUGUGUCCAAAGAUCCUGCCACAUUUGAAUCGGCCUUGAAGCCCCUACUGAACCAGGUUCUGUUCAUGUUGGCGGAUCACGGCAGGGUCGAUUCUAAAUUGGUAGGACCAGAGAAGACGCGGCAAUGGUUCAUCAAGGGCUCAUCGUAUUAG